AAUGCAUUAAUAAAUUAUUCUCUUCUGCUCUCCAGGCUAUAGGCUUUUUGAAUAUUUCCCAUGUUCAGAUGUUAUGUACCGGUACCCAUUUCUCCAGAUGCAUUGUAUUAAUUUAGGGACUUGAAAUCUAUAUCUUCAGCACCAAUUUGAAUUUUUUUAUAUGUUAUGCAGGAAACCAAGGUAACUCGAAGUAUGUUCCUUAUUCGAGCUUUAGAGCGAAUUCUAUCAGAUAAGGAGCUGAAGAAAUCUCAAAAUGCUCAAUUAAGAAAAGCUUGUAAAACUGCACUUGAUGAGAUUCAAGAUGAUUUACAGAAGCAAGGUGGGCAUGAUGAGCAGGCUAAUUCUCCGCACACGAUCAUCGAAGCUGAUAAAUACUUCUUGGCUUUUGAAAUGGCAUGUAAAUCAAAGUCGGCUGGGGUUGUUGGGAUAGCUUUGGAUUGUUUGCAGAAAAUGAUUGCCUAUGGAAUUCUUGUGGGCAAUGCUCCUGAUUCUACGUUACCAGGGAAACGCUUAAUUGACAGAGUGAUCGAUACAAUAUGCAAUUGUUUCAUGGGUGUACAAACGGAUGAAAAUGUUCAACUUCAAAUUAUAAAGGUUCUUCUAACUGCUGUUACAAGCAACAAUUGUGAAAUACAUGAUGGCACCAUUCUGCAGGCUGUUCGCACAUGCUACAACAUAUAUCUCGCAUCAAGGAGUGUUGUGAAUCAGACAACUGCGAAAGCUACAUUGAGCCAGAUGUUGAAUGUUAUUUUUGCAAGAAUGGAAGCCCAAGCGAAUAUUGACUCUGAAUUAUAUGAAAAAAUUGAGCAAGAAAAUGAAUCAAUUACAGAAGAUUCUAUGGCCAAUCAUAAUGGGAUGGACGAAGGGAACAUGGAUAGAACAAAUGAAAAUUCUACGGAUAAUCUCUCAACACAGAAUCAAGAUGAAGCUCCAGAGAGCGACAGACAUCAAUCAAAGAUGAUUGCAGAAACAUCGUUGAAUCAAGAAUCAGGUAAAGGGGAUGAAAAUUCAUCUUCACCUGAAAAAUCUAUUGAAAAGAACAAAGAAAAAAAUGAAUUUGCGCCUGAAAACGGUGAAACUGAAUCUGAGAAUGAACAAGAGCAAAAACAAGUUAACGGAAUAUCAGAUUCUGAAUCAUCAGACACAGAAACAAUGAUUCGAGAUAUUAUAGAAGACAUGGUGUCACAAGUUGUGAUCAAUACCUCAGAAAAUCAAGUUGAAAGGAAAGAAUCAAUGACUUCAGACACAAGUGCAUCAUCUCGUUAUCAGCAGUUGGAACAACAGUUAUACAACAGUCAAUCAUUUUCUCAUGUAUUACAGAAAGACGCUUUCCUUGCCUUUAGGAGUUUAUGCAAACUUAGUAUGAAACCUUUAUCUGAAGGUCCUCCUGAUCCCAAGUCUCAUGAACAUCGUUCCAAAAUUUUAUCUCUUCAACUUUUGUUAGCUAUUCUCGAAUCAUCAGGUCCAGUUUUCAGAUCAAAUGAAAUGUUCAUAAAUGCAAUUAAGCAGUAUCUUUGUGUUGCAUUGAGCAAGAAUGGGGUAUCCAACAUUCCUGAAGUCUUUGAGCUUUCACUCGCAAUUUUUCUGAAGCUCUUGGAAAAUUUUAAGACUUAUCUCAAAAUGCAAAUACAGGUAUUUUUCAAAGAAAUAUUCUUGAAUAUAUUGGAAACAAACAGUUCAUCUUUUGAUCACAAGUGGAUGGUUCUUCAAACAUUGGGGAAAAUUUGUGAAGAUGCACAGAUUGUUGUUGACAUAUAUGUGAAUUAUGAUUGCGACAUCAAUGCUGCAAAUAUAUUUGAAGAACUUGUGAACAUUUUGUCGAAAAUUUCUCAUCAAAAUCUCCCAGAAUCGAACUUGAGUUCGCAUCAGGAAAAUACAAUGCAAAGUAAAAGUUUGGAAUGUUUAGUGUCGAUACUAACUUGUAUGGUGGACUGGAGUAAAGAUCUCUAUGUCAAUCCACACUCAAUGUCAAAUUUAGGUAAAGAGCAUAACCCUGAUGGUGCAAUCUCAAAUUUAUCUCUUUCUGCUGGACAUUCAUCAAGUAAUGUUAAUGGUAGCUCACAAUCUAUUCAUUCUGAUUCAUCAUCUGAGCAUGCUAGUCUUGAAAUAAAGAAAUUAAAUGCUGAUAACCCAGAAACAAUUGAAGGCAUAAAACAACAGAAAAGUAUUUUGGAAAGAGGGAUUCAGCUAUUCAAUUUGAAACCUAAGAAAGGAGUUACAUUCCUGCAAGAUCAAGGAAUGAUUGGCACCACAGCAUCAGAUAUCGCUGAAUUUCUAUCCUCUGAAGAAAGACUCGAUCCCGGUCAAGUUGGGGAUUUCAUCGGAGAAAAUGAAGCCCUAAAUAAAGAAGUAAUGUAUGAGUAUGUGGACAACCUCAAUUUUUCCGGGAUGGAUUUUGUACCCUCGUUACGCAUGUUUCUUGAAGGAUUCAGACUUCCUGGAGAAGCACAAAAAAUUGAUAGAUUGAUGGAAAAGUUUGCAAGUCGGUUUUGUGAUUGUAAUCCAAAGGACACCGUUUUUGCAUCUGCUGAUACAGCUUACGUGCUUGCAUACAGUAUUAUUAUGUUGACAACCGAUCUACAUAGUGCUCAGGUGAAACGUAAAAUAUCUGUUGAAGAUUAUAUUCGCAUGAAUAAAGGAAUUAAUGACAGUAAAGAUUUACCUCGAGAGUAUUUGGAAGAUAUUUAUGAACAGAUCAAACAUCAAGAGAUAACAUUAAAAUCUACAAGAUCACAGAACGUCAAAGGAAUUAAGGUGUUGUCAGCAGCUCAGAAAAAACAAGAGAUGGAUAAUAUUGCAGACACUGCUAAAGCACUGAUGGAAGCAGUCAGUCAUGUUCAAUCUUCUUUUAUCAACACCACUCAUCAGGAUCAUGUCCGUCCCAUGUUUCAGCUUUCUUGGCGAUCAAUGCUUGUUGCUUUCUCAAUGGGAUUGCAGGAUUCUGAUGAAAGUGGAAUUGAUCAGUUAUGUUUAGAAGGCAUGAGAUGUGCAAUCAGAAUUGCUUGUAUUUUUCAGUUACCACUUGAACGUGAUACUUAUGUCCAAGCUCUUUCACGAUUUUCCCUGCUCCAAGCAAAUGCAGGCAUCAGAGAAAUGAAAGCAAAAAACAUCGAGACGAUAAAAACACUGAUCAACGUUGCUUACACAGAUGGGAAUUAUCUCCAAGAGUCCUGGCAUGAAAUUCUCCAGUGCAUAUCGCAGUUGGAACUUCUUCAAUUAAUUGGAUCAAAAGUUCGAGAUCAGAAUGCAACUAUGAAAGCUGUCAGAUCAGCAAGUGUUGCUGAUGCCAAUCCAAUUUUGACCAAAACGUUUGGUUUGGAGCAUAAAAAGCUUGCAUCUAUUCAAGAAUCAAUGGGUGAAACAAGUUCACAAAGUGUUGUUGUUGCUGUUGAUCGAAUAUUUACAGGAUCUACAAGACUGGAUGGUGAUGCAAUCGUUGAUUUCGUUCGUUGGUUGAGCAAAGUUUCUCUGGAUGAAUUGACCAACCAACUCCACCCGAGAAUGUUUUGUUUGCAAAAAAUUGUGGAAAUAUCUUAUUAUAACAUGGGAAGGAUCAGGAUUCAAUGGUCAAGAAUAUGGGCCAUUCUUGGUGACUAUUUUAAUGAAGUAGGAUGUAGUGACGAAGAAAGCAUUGCAUUUUUUGCUGUUGAUAGUUUACGACAACUAUCCAUGAAAUUCUUGGAAAAAGGAGAAUUGCCAGGUUUCAGCUUUCAGAAAGAUUUUCUUCGGCCGUUUGAACAUAUAAUGAAACACCAUAAUUCACCAAAUAUACAAGACAUGGUGGUGAGGUGCAUUGCUCAAAUGGUCUCAUCUCAGGCAUUGAACAUAAAGUCAGGUUGGAAAAACAUAUUUGGUGUCUUUACGUUAGCUGCUUCACAUCAUGAUGAAAACAUUGUUGAACUGGCUUUUCAUGCUACUUCAACGAUAAUAACGGAUAUCUUCAACCUCUAUUUCUUGUCCAUUAUAUACUGCUUCCAAGAUGCAAUAGGAGCACUCAGGGAAUUUUCUUGUUGUGCUUUUCCCGACACAAGUAUGGAAGCAAUUCGAUUAAUUAGACAGUGUGCAGACUAUGUUGCUCAGCGACCUGAUCUUUUUGAAAGACAUUCCGGAGAAGAUACGUCAAAACCUGAUAUGCCUAAUCGUGAUAAUAUUUGGGUUCGUGGAUGGUUUCCAAUUUUGUUCGAACUUUCCAUUAUUAUCAGCAGAUGCAAGUUGGACGUUAGAACAAGAGGAUUGACUGUCAUGUUUGAAAUAAUGAAAACACACGGAGAUUCAUUUCACACUGAUUGGUGGAACGAUUUGUUUCAAAUCAUAUUCAGGAUAUUUGAUCAAAUGAAAGUUCCUGAACUUCAAUUAGAAAAAAGUGAUUGGUUUGCAACCACUUGCAAUCAUGCAUUAUUUGCAGUAUGUGAUGUUUUUACGCAAUAUUAUGAAACUCUUUCCCCGACAUUACUACAUGAUGUAUAUGGUCAACUUUUGUGGUGCGUUGAAAAAGAAAAUGAACAACUAGCAAGAUCUGGUGUCAAUUGCCUUGAAAAUUUAGUUUUGUCAAACGGAACAAAAUUUACAAAAGAAACGUGGAAAGUUACUUGUGACACCAUACAGACUGUUUUUAAAAUGGUUUCUGCCGAUAAACUCAUGACGUGGAAACCAGGAAAUGAUGAUAUAGCCGAACUUCAAACUCUCCAACUUCGUUGCAUCUUGACUGCAGAGAUGAUAGAAUGCAUCGAUCGAAUUCUGUUUUAUCCAACAACAACAAAGAAAGAUGAUGAAUAUAAUGUCACUGUUGCUCAGACUCCUUCAAUGGCAAUUGCACAGGAACUUCGUCACAAAGAUGCAAUGUUUAGUCAGUUGAAUGAAAAUCACCUUUUCACUAUGGUACGGUGCUUGCUUGUAGCUCACGACUUUGCAAAAAGAUUCAACGGCGAUAAUGAACAGAGGACUAUUUUAUGGAAAGCAGGAUUCAAAGGAAAGUCAAAACCUAAUCUGAUAAGACAAGAAUGCACCAGUCUGUCAUGUACAUUGAGAAUAUUAUUUCGAAUGAAGGACCAAUUAGAAACUGCAGAAAGAGUGGAUGCUCUAUUGUACAGUGUAUGUUUGAAUGCAUUAUCGUAUUUUUCAUCACUUACAACUGAAACACAUAGGGAUGCAUGGACACCAGUACUAUUGCUUCUAAUUACUCGGACAUUGAGAUUGGAGGAAAAACCAUUCCUUACACUGACAAAAAAGCUCCACACUCCUUUAUGUGAUCUUCUCCUGUUUGAAUUGAAACCAGAAGUAAGGUUGUUAUUGAGAAGAUAUUUCCUACAAUGUAAUGCUGUUUCAACGACAUCGAAUUCCUGAGAUCUUGCUGCACAGUUGCAGUUCAGUGCAUUUAUAUGGAUAAAUCAAGGACUCAAAUUCACAGAAAAUCUUUUCAAAUUCAAAACCUUCAUAAAUAUUAUGCUACUCCAGUGACGGGGGGGCCAAUUUGACCUAAAUGACCAGAAUUCGUUAAAUUUCUCAAGAUUUUAUUGGUAAUCAUAUGCAAGCUAUCGAUUUCAAGGACAUUAUAAUUAUGAUUUAUUAAAGAAACUUGAAUUAUAAUUUGGGUAAAAACAGCAUGUUCAGCUAUAAUUUAUAUAUACAUAAAUUAAAUGUGUCGAUGAAUAUAAUCACCAGUGCACAGCUUUACAUCUCGAAAGUAAGUCAUAACUUGAAACCCGAUGUCAUAAUGCUCAAGAAGUUAUUGGCCUGUAAAUCAUGCAUUGAAUUAGUGUUUUCACUUCAAAUAUAUAAGAGAUUUGCAUUAUGUAGUUUUAAACUUAUGUUAUAAUAGAACAAUUUUGGUUGUAAUUUACUGGAUGCCGCGUGUCUAUAGCUAUUUACUAGUUCAUACUAUAUAAUUUUAGGUACUGUUACUCGCACUAAUAUAGUAGUUACGUUUGAGAAAUAUUUUAUUUGUAUUUAUGUUUUCACAAUAUUAAAUAUUAAUUAAAAAACAAUCACUUACUGUAAAUCACCUACUUUGCAAUAGAAGCCAGCUGGUUCUUGAUUGAUUGUUUAAACAACUCUUAUAUUUCACGAAUGAUGAAAUUCAGAUAUUUUCUCAAUUCAUGAAAGAAGCGACCACCUAUCUGUUACUACAGUGAUUCAAGACUGAUUGAAAUAGCCUAUCCAUAAAAAAUUGACUUUUUUUUAUCAGGUAGUGAACCUAUGCUAUGCUUUCAAAUGUGUUGUGUAGUAAAUCUAGAAUUUAAGGUCAAUUACGGUAUCGUUGAAUCAUAUGUGAUUGGUGUUCUUAUGUCGAGAUUUUAUCGAAUUAUAUCAAUACAAUGGCACAUGCUUGUUAAAAAAGUUAUGUGGUUUGUUAUGUAUUCAAGUUCGGCACACAGGGUUGUAUUGAUAUCACCUAUAUAUAUAUAUAUAUAUGCGUCUCUAUCUAUUCAAUUUUCUUGUACUUUUCAUAAUUUGUGUUAAUUAUGGCAAAUGUUAGUAAGUGAAACAAUUUGUGCAAUGUUUUUGUUGCGUGCAUAAAGGGUGGCGCUUGAAUUUUGUUACAUUAAUAUGCUGAAGUACAAAUAAUUGUGCUGAAUCUUGUUGAAUGGUUUUUGCAGUAUAGUAUGAAAUGUAUUCAA